AUGGGUCUAAGAUUUGUCCAGUUAGACAUACCAGGUGCUCUUCACAGUGGAGAAUCGACAUGGUUAAAAUGUCAAUAUGAAUUAGGUGAAGAUGAACUAUAUUCAGUGAAAUGGUACAAAAACAAUGUAGAAUUCUUCCGCUUUUUGCCAAGUGACAUGCCAGCUGGUCAAAACUAUGAGUUACUAGGUGUAUAUGUUGACCUGGAAAGUUCAAAUGCCACUCAUGUGUAUCUUUAUAAGACGGACUUGAAUACAGAAGGUACUUAUGGAUGUGAAGUAUCCACGGAAGCACCUUCAUUUCGAACUGUCAAAGCUGAUAAGGAACUAAGAAUAUAUGUCCUACCAACAAACGGACCAAUCAUAGAAGGUAUUGAUCCUCCUUAUCAAAUCGAUGAUGUUGUAAAUAUAACAUGUACAUCAGGACCCUCUAAACCUACAGCUCAUAUGAAAUGGUACAUAAAUGAUAGAGAAACUUUAAACUAA